AUGGCCGCUUUCGACACACCUUGGACCUUCAUGAGCGAACAGUAUCAAGAUGACCGCCAGGGCUACGAUGGUGCCCGCAACAGCACCCUCCCCGAGCCCACCGUAGCCGCCUUUGCCCCGAAUCAGCGGACGGGCACACAAAAGGCCACCCGCGCGUCGGUCGUUAUACACCAGAAAUCACCACUCCUCACUGCUACUCCCCCGCAAGUCACCAGAGCGUUGGCAUAUUCACACCCAUUCAUACUCCCUCUCAAUCACCUCGCCGGGUUACUAUCAUGGACCACGUCGGAUCCGUGGGAAAGCUUCCUCCUGGUUGCAGCAUUCUGGUUCGCAGUGCUGUACGGGGAUGAUGUCCUACGAUGGGCGGGACSAAUCGUGCUGCUUGCCAUGUUGAUGGCGGGCAUGUACUCGAGGAGGUAUAGCCCGCUCUCAAGCACAUCAUGGAAUGGAGAGAUCAAGAAACGUAAAAGAGCGGAAUCCGAAUCCCAGCAAAGAAAAAGCCUAGACGAGAUAUUGUCAACACUGCAAACCUUCACAAACCGCUGUGAUGUAUUGUUGGACCCGUUCUUACGAUUGACGGAGUUUCUCAGCACUCAAUCGACUGCAACCUCCGCCACGACCCGACCAGCACUCACAUCCAUGUUCAUUCGACUGUUGGCCAUCACGCCAGUGUGGAUUCUGCUGACGCUCCCACCUGUUCGGAUCAUCACAACCCAACGUGUUACGCUAGUCUUGGGCACGAUUGGCAUGACUUGGCAUAGUAGGCCUUCGCGAGCCUCUCGUGCCAUCCUCUGGCGUAGCAGGGCGGUCCGAUAUGUCACCUCGGUAGCCACUGGUCUCAACUUCCCUUCACCAUCGGUCAACACAGGGAAGACACCGCCACCCCUACCACCUCGUACUCCUGCAGCACUCGCGAAAGCCUUAAAGUCAAAGGGAUCAAAGCCCGGAGUUCGCUUUACUUUCGCCAUUUACGAGAAUCAGCGACGCUGGGUAUUUUUGGGGUUUACCGGGAACAUGUUUGCUCACGAACGCCAGUCAUGGACCGACGAGCAUCUUAAUACAGUUCCCGACAAGGAUAAUUUCGAACUUCCGAAUACCGACAAUGAGACGACAAAAUGGAGUUGGGUUGAAGGCAGCGAAUGGAAAGUCGAUCCUGCUUGGUCCGAAGACAUACAGACCACCAAAGGUGCUCGCGAUAAAGAUGGCUGGACCUACUACGACAACAAAUGGGCCGGUGGUAGCAAGAUUGAUGACUGGAGCAAAUGGACACGUCGUAGGCGAUGGGUCCGUGAUGCUGAGUUGAUCGAAGUGCCACCGGAAGAGCUCGCCGCGACGGCCGACGCUGAUACCCAGUCUAUUGCAAGCACCGACAUGGGUGACGGUGAUAGCAUCACCACGGCAGUCAAGAAAAAGGGUUGGUUCGGGAAACGACGGCUCACCAAUGAAAAGGUCCGGGUCGUCGACAAGUCGGACAUGGUUUCUGUGAGUGGCAGCGGAGAUACGGGCAAGACCAGUCGUUCUCGCGAUGACCCUACGGAUGAUUUGCAUACGCCGCUGCAAUAUCGAGAAACUCAAUGGGAUCGUAGUAUAGGUGAUGGACUUGCGGAAAUGCUCAGUUAA